GGAAGUAAUUCUGUCAGUGAACUGCAGUGCUUCAGCUCGAAGUCAGACCGACACACCGGCCCUCAACAGACAGCCUGCAGCGGACAGAGAAUCCCAAUAUAAGGACCUCAACUGUUACUAUAUAAAUUCUUCACAUCGAUAUUUGUUUGUGUUAGGUUUAUGGGUCCAUAACAGCGAGGUAUAGGGACGAAUCGAUUAGCUUUGCUAGCCGCGUUAGCUAGCUCGCCAUCUCUUCGCCUGGCGUCACUUCCUAGUUUUGAAAAUCGCGGCCGGAGGAUCCAGAUACCAAAGAAGAAGAAACGACCUAAACAGAGAUGGAGUUUCAAGGUAAUAUAACUUGCACGAAGACUUAAACUGUUGUUGUUGUGAUGCUAUAUUACUAUUCUGCUGUUAUUUGUGUGUUCAUACCCAUAUUUCUUUGUGUUGGUGUGUUAACCUCGAUCUGUCGUGUGUGUUCACUGUUUCCUGAUUUACAAGAGCGAAAGUUGUGACUAAAGGCCAUCCAGCGACUUAUUACAUGUUAAAAUAAAUUGUAAUGUGUUCAUGUACACAAACAGAGAUCUUUAUGAAGCAGAUAUUUAACUCUGUGUUACUGUCCUGUUACCGUUUACAGAUCUGGAUUGAAACGGGACUGAAAUAUGUUUUUGGACCCAGUUUGCAGACUGGCUGACACACAGAUACUGUAAUAAUUAGAGGUGCACCGAUCACAAUUUUCUGUCCGAUCGCCGAUCUUUAAAAAGCUUGACCUGCCGAAACCGAUUUUGGCUGAUACCGAUUUUUUUAUAAUAAUAUGCGUGCACACCUGACCCAGUGGACGGGCUUGUUAUUUUGGCAAAACAAAAAGCUAAUACGGCUGAUUUUCAGACCUUUGCUGAGGUAGAUAAUAUGGGAGGAUGAAAUCGGUUUCUUAUGUAAGGAUCAGCCGAUCCCCCAAAAAUUGAGGAAAUUGGCGCUGAUCGAUCGGCCGGCCGAUUUAUGGUGCAUGUGUAGUAAUAUUAACUAUUAACAGCACAAAAGAUGUUUAUGAAUGUUUUAAGUAGCUACGGCAAUGCAAUGGGGUGGCUAACUCAGACAUACAUCUUUCUUUUUGAGUCCCUCUCUGCCUCUGUUGUUCUGCUACUCCAUAAAGAGAGCCCUCCAACCUGCAUGAAUCCAGCCAUCCCUGAGCAAAGCUAUAUCACACAUAUGUUUCUCUCUGUGUCGCAGUGGGAUCUGAACCCAUGACUCUCGGGUCUCCCACGUCUCCAAAGCCAACCUCUGGGGCUCAGUUUCUCCCUGGCUUUCUGAUGGGGGACCUGCCCGCUCCUGUCACCCCUCAGCCACGCCCCUUCAGUUUGGCCUCACCCUUGGUGGAGAGCACAGGUAGGUGCUGAGGUCAACAGGAGCUCACCCACUAGCUUAUUAUAUUCAGUCUGUGGUUUAUCACUAGUCUCUCCUGCUCUUUAGUCGGAGGAGGUGGUGGAGGUUCUGCACCGCAGCCCGUCGUUCCCACUCCUAAGGACAAGAGUGGAGCCCCACCUGUUCGCAGUAUCCAUGACGACCUGAUAACUGUGGCAUCGCCCCUCAACAUACACAGGCAGGUUAGUUCACAGUGUGUGUGUGAGUGAUGAAGAGGAUUUGGUGAUGAUGCUGAAAUAAGACUGAGACAAGUAUAGCUCAUGGAGACCUGGUGUACAGCUGCAGCUCCACAUUGAGCGUCUCUGCUGUGUGCAACACCCUCAGUCCACUGGUUCACUUUGCAUUUCGAGUAACAUUCAUACCAGAACUAAUCAUAAUAAUCAUAAUCAGAACUUUAUUACGUUUCACUAUCCUGAAUUAAUUGAUCUGGUAACACUAUGUGAGGAUGUCUGUCUCUGUUUCACUUCAAAGUCUGAAUGAGUUUUUCUCUGUUUCCCUUCAGUCAUUUCCAGUGAUGCAGUCUCCUCUGUCUGCUCGCGGAGCCUCCUUUUCAGGAUCAGGUACUCACUCACACUCAUACUUUCACUCCUGCUUUAAGUACCUGUUGUACUGCUGGUAUUUGAAGUGUUUGAGUCUGCAACAAAACCACUAAUACUGCAACUGCUGAGUCACCCUUUUAAAUCAUAGUUUUUCUUUGUUUGUUUUACAGUGUGAGGGGUUAAAAUUCUCUGUCACGAUGAUGGAUUUCUUUCAAUUUUGUCAAUUUUGUUCAUUAUUGAAAACUCCUUAGAGUCAUCAAUCAUGAAGGCUUCUACCAUCCUAAAAUUUUGAUUUUAUGUCCACCUCUGUCACAGUUGGUUUUCCAAGUUCUGGAGUUUUUUUCAGACUUUGUUUUAAAGUCCAUAAUAAUAAAGUCUGAAAAAGCACAGCCUCUUGACAUGUUUAUAUUUCUCUCUGGUGGUCAUCAUUUGCUAGUUCAGUGAACAUUCCCAACCUUUUUUCCAUACUUAGCUAAUUUAUUCUUCAGUCACCCUCUGCUGACUCCUAACAAGUGAAACAGUUUCAUAAACUCCAUCUCCUCACUCAAGAAAAAACAGUUUUAAUUUUCUUUGUUUUCUUUUCUCAGUACAAGCUGAGUUUGUUCGUGGUGUGUCUGAAACGGUGAUAUUAAAUGGGCAGGUGCAUUCUGGGUCAAGCCUGCUGCUAAUUCAUGGUGUGAGCAGUAAUGUGAAAUACCUGCAGGAGAAAAAGGCAGCAUUGUUUCUUUAAAUCACAUCCUGAGCUCCUCUCUCUCUCUGUCUCCAGGUGUGCAGCAGGUGUGUCUGUCUCCAGCUCAGGUAGAUCCCUUCUACAGUCAGGGAGAGUCUCUGUCGUCUGAUGACCAGCUGGACCAGACCUGGGUCACUGUGUUUGGGUGAGUAUACCACCAAAGACUGUUUUUCUGUUUAUUUUAAAGUAAAUAACUCAUUUUAAUGGUCUUAUGUUUGUGUGUGUCAGUUUUCCUCCAGCCUCGGCCUCCUACAUCCUGCUGCAGUUUGCACAAUAUGGAAACAUCCUCAAACACACGGUAAGAGAGACACAGACACUCACACUCUCACCCCUUCUGCCCUCAUGCUUGAAAAAAACGCAGCUAAAAUGUCCUCUUAGGUACUCUUGAUGUAAAUGACAAAUAAUGAAAUGUCCUCUCUGGUGGACCUUUCAUGGUAAAUGCUUGAAGAGUUGCUCUAGAAGCUGUUUGUCCAAAAGAUGAAAAAUCACAAAGUGCCCUAUGGAUGCCCUUCAAGUUGAUGAAAAUGAGCAGAAACCUCCAUCAGAACAGAAAUCUGAUGAGUCUGGAUGGACAGGAGGGAAAAGUGAACUGAUUGGUUUGUUGGUUUUCUGACAGAUGGCGUCUCCUGGUAACUGGAUGCACCUUCAGUAUCAGUCCAGACUCCAGGCCAGGAAAGCUCUGUCUAAAGAUGGGAAAGUGUUCGGAGACGCCAUCAUGGUGGGAGUGAAGCCGUGCAUAGACAAGGUCGGUUCCUGUUUCACCGUCAUGACCGUCUGAUUGGUCCUCAGAGUCGCUUUAAAACCUGACUGUUUUUUCUUCUCUGUAGAGCGUGAUGGAGAGCAGUACUGCCAUCUCUUCUCCUCUCUCCACCCCCUCCUCCACUCUCCCCUGCACUCCUCGCUCUGCCAUCAGACCGCUCAGCGCCGCCUACAGGAACUCCAGCAGCGACUACCAGGUGACCUCAUGAUGCACUUCCUUACCUUAAAAUCUGAGUCCAGUGUCAGUUUGACCUCCAAGAUUAACUGAUGUGUGUUUCUUUGUGUGAUUUUUAGGUGGUGGCAGACAGACAGACGCCCAGGAAAGAUGAUAGUUUUGUCUCCAAGGCGAUGGAGUACAUGUUUGGCUGGUGACAUUUCACAAAGCAUCAUGGAAAACCUGCAGAAUCAGAGGAGAGGGGAGUCAUUGGACAGAUGGAUGAACUGAUUCACUACAGUGUGUGGGUGUGUGAGUGAGUGAGUGUGUGUGCGUUUGCUGGAGGAUUUUUCUGUCGCUCUCUCUUUAACGAUCACUGUUUUUUAAUGUUUUUGUCGCAAUAAAGUUUUGUCAGAUUUGAAACUUUUA